AUGAGCUGCUACUAUGGCAACUACUAUGGUGGGCUGGGCUAUGGCUAUGGUGGCCUAGGCUGUGGCUAUGGCUGUGGCUAUGGUGGCUGUGGCUAUGGUGGCCUAGGCUGUGGCUAUGGUGGCUAUGGUUAUGGAUGCUGCCGCCCACUCUGCUAUAGAAGAUGUUGGUCCUAUGGCUUCUACUGA